AUGUGGAUAUCGUUCAGUUCAGCAACAAGGCAGAGCAUGAGAGUCGAUAUUGGUCCAAAACAGAGAAUGUGGAUAUCGUUCAGUUUAGCUGCUAUUCGGAUCACGCACACAUCCCGUUUUAAUGAAGUGCAAACACCGGUGGCAGUGAAGACAGAGGAACCCAAGAAGAAACCUGACUGUUAUGGGGUCUUUUGUCUCACUUAUGAUCUCAAAGCUGAAGAGGAAACAAAAUCCUGGAAGAAACUAAUUAAUAUUGCUGUCUCAGGGGCUGCGGGGAUGAUAUCAAAUCAUCUACUUUUUAAACUUGCUUCAGGAGAGGUAUUUGGCCCAAAUCAACCUAUCGCAUUGAAGUUAUUAGGAUCUGAACGGUCAUUCCAAGCACUUGAAGGAGUUGCAAUGGAACUCGAGGACUCAUUAUUUCCUUUAUUGAGGGAAGUGAGUAUUGGCAUUGAUCCUUAUGAUGUGUUUCAAGAUGCUGAAUGGGCCCUUUUGAUUGGUGCAAAGCCCCGUGGGCCCGGAAUGGAAAGGGCAGAUUUACUAGACAUAAAUGGGCAGAUAUUUGCAGAACAGGGAAAGGCCCUGAAUGCUGUUGCAUCCAGAAAUGUGAAAGUAAUUGUAGUGGGGAACCCUUGCAAUACCAACGCCUUGAUCUGUUUGAAAAAUGCCCCGAAUAUUCCAGCCAAGAAUUUUCAUGCUUUGACUAGGUUAGAUGAAAAUAGAGCAAAAUGUCAGUUGGCCCUUAAAGCUGGUGUUUUUUAUGACAAAGUAUCAAAUGUUACCAUUUGGGGAAACCACUCUACCACACAGGUCCCAGACUUUUUAAAUGCCAAAAUCAACGGUUUUCCCGUCAAGGAUGUGAUCAUAGAUACUAAGUGGUUAGAAGAAGAGUUCACAGAGAAGGUCCAGAAGAGAGGUGGGGCCCUCAUUCAGAAAUGGGGAAGGUCUUCUGCAGCAUCGACUGCAGUGUCGAUUGUGGAUGCUAUUAGGUCUCUUGUAACUCCUACAGCCGAGGGAGAUUGGUUCUCCUCAGGGGUAUAUACUGCUGGCAAUCCUUAUGGAAUAGUAGAUGAUAUUGUCUUUAGUAUGCCAUGCAGAUCUAAAGGCGACGGUGAUUAUGAGCUCGUGAAGGAUGUGAUAUUUGAUGAUUACCUUUGGAGCCGAAUCAAGAAGACAGAAGCUGAGUUGCUUGCUGAGAAGAGAUGUGUUGCCCAUCUCACAGGAGAGGGUAUCGCUGUUUGUGAUCUUCCGGAAGAUACAAUGCUUCCAGGAGAGAUGUAGAUGUGUUUAGUAGCAAGCAUAUCACAACCCUUUUCUUUCUUUACGCUCCAAUCACAUUUUCUAUGCUAGUACGUAGCACGUGCGAUGCACGGUGAACAAUAUUACGAUUGUAUUAUAAAUUAAAUUUAUAAAUUACAUUAAUUAUGAUUAAUUCAUUGUUUUAAAAAUCGGAUGGACCGAGAACUGGUUUAUUGACCAGUACAGUUUGCUCGAUUACAAUGUUUGCUAGAGAACCGGUCAACACCAGUCGGUCAGAUUGGUAGUAUCGGUAUUUUUUAAAUAAAUUUGGUUACAUUUAAAACUGUUUUUAGUAUAAAUAAAAUAAAUAUUUAAAUAAAAU